GUCGCGUCGCAGUGUGGCUGGGUUUGUCAGUCAGGUGAUCGGUUCGCCAUUUUUGUCAGCCAUUUCCUGCACUGGUCCGCUGCAGAUCAGCGCUUACUGAAGGAGCGAGAGCCGUCCUGUGCAGGCCGCUGUUCGGGACUGAAUGAGAGACUAGCGCUCCAGCGGGCCGGCCAGUACUCACAGAAAGCCCGUGUUUCGGUUCGGUCCGGUAGGACAGGAGGGAGAUCAUCAUGGCUCUGAAGAUCGUGAAGGGAAGCAUCGAUCGGAUGUUCGAUAAAAACCUGCAGGAUUUAGUACGUGGCAUCAGGAACCAUAAGGAAGAUGAGGCCAAGUACAUCUCCACGUGCAUCGAUGAGAUCAAACAAGAACUCAAACAGGACAACAUCGCUGUUAAAGCCAAUGCAGUCUGCAAGCUCACCUAUUUGCAGAUGCUUGGCUAUGAUGUCAGUUGGGCUGCGUUUAACAUCGUGGAGGUGAUGAGCUCUUCCAAAUUCACAUUCAAGCGAAUUGGCUACCUUGCAGCAUCGCAAUGCUUUCACGAGGGGACUGAUGUCAUCAUGCUGACGACCAAUCAGAUCCGCAAGGAUCUCAGUAGUCCCAACCAGUAUGACACUGGCGUGGCUCUGACUGGCCUUUCCUGCUUCGUGACCCCUGACCUUGCUCGUGACCUGGCCAAUGACAUCAUGACUCUGAUGUCCCACACUAAGCCGUACAUUCGCAAGAAGGCGGUGCUGAUCAUGUACAAAGUGUUCCUGAAGUACCCUGAGUCCCUUCGUCCUGCCUUCCCACGCCUCAAAGAGAAGCUGGAGGACCCAGAUCCUGGUGUCCAGUCAGCAGCUGUGAAUGUCAUCUGUGAACUGGCCAGAAGAAAUCCCAAGAACUACCUUUCCUUGGCACCCCUGUUCUUCAAACUCAUGACCUCCUCCACCAACAACUGGGUUCUCAUCAAGAUCAUUAAACUGUUUGGUGCUCUCACACCGUUGGAGCCUCGUUUGGGAAAGAAGUUGAUUGAGCCCCUAACAAAUCUCAUCCACAGUACCUCGGCCAUGUCGCUUCUCUAUGAAUGUGUCAACACGGUCAUAGCAGUGUUGAUCUCGCUGUCCUCUGGGAUGCCCAAUCACAGUGCUAGCAUACAGCUCUGUGUGCAGAAACUGCGAAUCCUGAUUGAAGACUCGGACCAGAACUUGAAGUACUUGGGUCUUCUGGCCAUGUCCAAGAUCUUAAAGACGCACCCCAAGUCUGUGCAGUCGCACAAGGACCUGAUCCUGCAGUGUUUGGACGACAAAGAUGAGUCGAUCCGACUGAGAGCUCUGGAUCUGCUCUAUGGCAUGGUUUCGAAGAAGAACCUGAUGGAGAUCGUGAAGAAGCUCAUGCUCCAUGUGGACAAAGCGGAAGGCACCACUUACCGAGAUGAGCUGCUCACCAAGAUCAUCGACAUCUGCAGCCAGAGCAACUACCAGUAUAUCACCAACUUUGAGUGGUACAUCAGUAUCCUGGUCGAACUGACUCGUCUGGAGGGCACAAGGCACGGCCACCUAAUCGCCUCUCAGAUGCUGGACGUCGCCAUCCGAGUCAAAGCCAUCCGAGGCUUCGCCGUGGCUCAGAUGGCCACUUUGCUGGACAAUGCACACCUGCUGACUGGUAACACGCAGCGCAACGGGAUCUGCGAGGUUCUCUACGCCGCCGCGUGGAUCUGCGGCGAGUUCUCAGAGCAUCUGGAAGACCCAAUGCAGACACUCGAGGCCAUGCUGAGACCCAAAGUGGCCACCCUGCCCGGUCACAUCCAGGCGGUGUAUGUACAAAAUGCGGCUAAGCUGUUUGCGACGGUGCUGCAGAAGCACGAAGGCGAGACAGACAGCCAGGCUGCGCAAGAGACCAGCCAGCUGCUCAUAGACAGACUGCCGCUGUUCGUCCAGAGUGCCAACCUGGAAGUGCAGGAGAGGGCAUCCUGCAUCCUCCAGCUGGUGAAGUACAUCCAGAAGCUGCAGCAGAAGAACGUGGAGGUGGCCGAGGAAGUAACGGCUCUCUUCGCCGGCGAACUCAAUCCUGUGGCCCCCAAGGCCCAGAAGAAAGUGCCUAUACCUGAAGGUCUGGAUCUCGACGCCUGGAUCAAUGAGCCUCCGUCAGAGAGCGAGUCUGAGGAUGAGAAGCCCAAAGCUGUGUUCGCUAAAGAAGAACCCAAGCAUUACAGAUCAAGAAACACUGAGGUUGAUGAGAAAGAGUUGGCCAGGAGGAGGGAAGUCAGGAAGCAGGAACAGGCCAACAACCCAUUCUACAUCAAGGCAUCACCAUCAUCUCAGAAGGUGUACGACGCGCCAGGUGUAGAACACAUUCCGGUGGUGCAGAUCGACCUUAGUGUGCCUCUCAAAGUCCCAGGGAUGCCCAUGUCCGACCAGUACCUGAAGCUGGAGGAAGAGCGCCAGCAGAAGGAGAAGGCGGAGAGGAAGAAGAAGGAAAAGAAGAAAAAGCGUGAGAAGCGAGGAAAAGGGAGGAAGGCGGAUUCGGGUCCCGAGAGCGAGGAAGACAUCACGCCCGCUCAACAUGUGGACAUAGUCACAGAGGAGAUGCCAGAGAAUGCCUUACCAAGUGACGAUGACGAUAAGGAUCCUAACGACCCUCAUAGAGCUCUAGACAUCGAUCUGGACAAGUAUGUACCACAUUGUCACCACCUACAGUGCAUACAUGUGCUACAUAUAGUGAUGUGCAGAAAUGAAUUUUUUAGCAAAACUGAAAUUUAUGUUUAAGUCUCUUUAUUCUAA